AUGAUUCCGUUUCUCUUUUCCAUAGCUGAAUACUAUCAGUUGAACGAAAACAAUUUUGAUUCAACUACAGGCUCUCAUAAGAGGAUGUGUAUCAAGGUUUAUAGUACUUUUUGCCCACAUUCACAAAAAUUUGCACCAACAUGGACAGAAUUCGUUGAACUAAACAAAAACAAUACAGACGUAGAAUUUGGAGAAGUGGAAUGCCAUUCAAAUGAAAAAUUAUGCAAGAAUUUAACAAAUGGAUUAUUCCCAAGAGUUCUUUGGGUUGAAUCAGCAAUAGGAUUAAUAUACAUGCAUAAUGGCGAGCGAACAAUUCCUGUUCUUAAAGAAUUUAUGAACCAAAUGCCAUAUUAUCCUUUCAAUUUUUCAACUUUUGAAUUAAAUCACUUAAAGGCAUCCAAAACAAAUCCAGUUUAUUCACUUACACUUCCUUACAAAGAAAAAGGAAACUUAGAUUCCUACAGAAAAAUGUUUCUUGAAGAAGAAAUUAGUAUUCCAAAUCUAUAUCUAGCAUUUACUGAAUAUGGAAGUGCUGAACUGAAAAUGUAUGGAGAAAACAUUAUUACGUACUCUGAAGAAAUGUCUCCAGAAGCUUACCGUACUUUUAUCCAGAAAAAUUCACCAAAAAGAGUUUUCAAAUUCUCUAAACCUGCAGUUGAAAAACUAAUGUUAUCAGGUAGUGAAUUCGUUUACUUACGCUUUGACUCUAAACAUAAAUUACAAGCAUUUCUUCCAAUUUUCGAAAGAAGUUUAGCAAAGUAUAAGACAUAUUACGAAAUAUACGGACCAGAGACAGAAUUUGGAAAGGAAUUUGGACUAACAGGCAAAAAUAUUAUUGUUUUUAUUGAUGAACGCAACGGAAGGUAUUGUCAAUUGAAGAGUGAUAAACCAACAUACUUAGAGGUGUCUAAGUGGGUAGAUAACAUUGAACAAGGAAAACGUCUUUCGUGGAAGAAAUAUAAUUCAUCUGACUUUUUCACAAAACUUUGCUUUGUAGUAGUAAUAGUACUUAUUGUUUUCAUCCUUUACAGGGUUGUUUUCAAAAGAAUGAAAUUUUGUAACAAAAAAAGGAUCUUAUUAUCAGGAAGCCAUCUAGUAUAA